AUGUGGCUCAAGAAGCUUACUGUUUCUCUCUUCAUCUUAUUCUUGCCAGGAAAAACUUCAGGAACCACAGCAACAUUUAUAGUAGUUGAUGGAUGGACCGUGACUGUUGCUUCAGUUGGUGAUUCCCGUUGCAUUUUAGAUGCUCAAAGUUGUGGUAUCUCUAUCUUGACUGUUGAUCACAGACUUGAGGAAAAUUCAGAGGAGCAAGUGCUUAUCUGGUUACCCUUUAUAUUUAUAAGAGAACGUGUAACAGCAAGUGGAGGUGAAGUUGGAAGGCUUAGCAUUUUUGGUGGCACGGAGCUAUCAAAUGGAGGUGGAAGGCUAGUAAUUGCCUCCGAUGGCAUCUGGGACGCUUUGUCAUCAGAAAUGGCUGAAAAAUCUUGUCGUGGAUUGCCUGCUGAACUUGCUCCUGGGCUAGUAGUGAAGGUAUUUAACUUCUAA